UUCAUUCUUGGCUUCGAGAGCUACGUACGAUGGUGUAGUAUUCACACAUUCGCAGUGAAAGUUUAGCCAGCCCAGAAAGGCCCACAAGGAAGAAAAAUACUGUCUGCAAAAUUCCGGAGAUAUGCAACCAGAUUCCGGAUACGAAUAGAACUAGACCUUCCCGCGAAAAACUGGCUACAGGAUUAGAAUACGCUUUCAGCCCGGUUAGGAUAAUAGAUUCUGCAUAAUGGCCUCUACGAAUCCAAGCGGAGACUCUACUAGGAUGAUUCCGAACAUCCCCUCGCCGACGGUCAGCGUUGUGUCACCGACGAUUAACUGCUCCAUGAUUGACAGUCGAAACGUGUACAAAAUUUCGCCGACAAAAACUAAUUUGGGCUCACAACAGCCCCAGCAGGAUAUUGUCAAGAUAAGGCUCACGAAGGACGACAGCGGCACAGGUUUUGGUUACACUAAGUCGAUUAUCAGCACCGCACAGUCUUCGCAAGAUAAAUCAGAAAGCAAAACAACGCCGCCAAAACUAAACUUCAAUUUAGCUCAACAGCCGACGUUACAGCUGAAAACGUCACAAAACAAGAUUGUGCUGGUGAAAAUGCUUCCGAAAAUUCCUCAGAAUGGCCCUCAAAUGUUAGCUUCAACAGCAACGCCGAGGAGCAGUGUGUCACCGACGACUUUAGCUCUUGCUAGAAGUGUUCAAGGGUUAAGGCCACUUCCACCGGUCGGGUCACCACCAAAACCGACAACCACAACGCAAACGCAAAUUGUUAUGACAAAAUCACCGGAGAAGAAAGAGACGACAGCCUGUCGUAUAAUAUCCAGGACUGAUAGUACCUCUACAUAUUCCUCUAGCUAUACGUCAACGUCAACUAUUCUUGGUUCGAACAGCUGCAGUUCAACGGAACUAGAGAAACCUUCCAAUCUUUUCACAAAUAAUUCUCUCACUGCAGAAAAAGCUGUGAUUGAACCAGCAGCAUCAAAGUGUGAUAAUGUGCAGGAUACACUUUCAUCAAUAGAUAAUGAAAAUAAUGACGAAGCGGAUAUUGCCACUGCUACUGUCAAUGUGAGAAUGUCUCGCGAAAUGAAGUGUCUGAAAGCGUCACAGGACAGUUCGAAAAUUCUGACUGAAUUCAUGCAGGAUUCUAGAGCGGAAAAGCUACGAAAACGUCGACGGUCGCGGUUUGAUGGUGAUGAUAGCCAGAGCUGUGGAAGUCUAACGCCAACCUCACAGAAACGGUAUUCGGUUUGUGGCAGAGACGACGAAGAUUUGGACGACGGCAGCCCAUCUGCGGCCCUUAAGCGCACAGGAAUGAGAUCCGCCAAUGCCGAAUUUUCUAUGAAGCAGCGUAAAUUCCUUAGCAGCAUUCACCAGAAUAGCGAUGGAUCUGAUAACUCCGACCAUGAAACUGACUCAGCUGGUGCAGGAAAGAGUGAGAACCUCCUGAUACCAGUUGCUCCCAAGUCUGGAUGGGAUAAAUUCUGCUGGCGCUGCAAAACCUGUGAACCAGGAUUGGAAACGUGUGCCGGAUGUAUUCGAUGCUUUCAUCCUGUAUGUCUGAAGCUCAACCCGGCGUUUUUCAUCGUCGAGAAAAAGUGGAAUUGUCCCGAAUGCAUCAAGCUGCAAACCAGCGACGAAAGCUGUUCCGACGAGGGAGGAAAGCCGGUGAAAGAUAAGCUUAAAAUUGACAGCCUCACAGUGUCGCUGAAAUUUGCGAUGAAACGAAUGCAGCUGCUAAAGGGGAGCACGAUUUUCAAUACAAUGGACAGCGAACAAUUUCCUAACUACGACCUGUAUGUAACAAAACACGUUGAUCUGGUUAUGCUCCAGAAGAAUAUCGACGACCAGAAAUAUCAUUCAACUGAUGCGUUCCAAGCGGACGUAAGCUGGAUUUUGCAUAAUGCCUCGAUUUAUCCUAACAACGGCAAGCUGUUGCCGGUAGCGAAAGCUCUAAUGAAAAUCUGUAAGCAGGAGCUAAAUGAGAUAGAAGCUUGCAAUGAGUGUUAUUUUAAUGCAAACACGUGCAAAACAUGGUUCACUGAGGUGUGCACGAAGCCCCAUCUACUUGUUUGGGCAAAAUUGAAAGGAUUCCCAUUCUGGCCUGCCAAAUUAAUGUCUGUAAAUACUAAUCAACUUGUAGAUGUUCGAUUCUUUGGUGACCACGACCGUGCCUGGGUACCGAUAAAAGAAUGCUAUCUGUUUUGCGAAAAAGAUCCUAAUACAAAAUUACAGCGUCGUACUAACAUGGCAGAGUGCAUGCGCGAGGCGGAGCAAUAUAUUGCGAAGUUAAAGCGAAAGUUUGGACAGUUUAAAUAUGCAGAAUUUCGAACACCAGUCGAAGUUACUAAACUAGACGAACAUUUGGAAUCGAUGAUUCCAGGGGUACUCAAACGAAUAGCCGAAAGUGGCGAUUCACAGAAGGCUAAGCUGAUGUUAAGAAUCAUCAAAACCGCAGAUAACUUCCUUUCUGUAUCGCCAGUAGAUAUAGGCGGUCCGGCUAAAACAUCUACUCCGAAAGCUGCGAAUAAUGAUAGUAUCGUUUCGCCAGAGAAAACAAAAAAGGAGACGUUUGAAGGCACUAAAUCGUCUGAGGAUACUGGAAUUCCGGAUGUGCGCCAAUAUUCUGAUGUGCCACCAGAAAGCGUUAAAGAUGAAAUAAAUAUUUCUGGUAUUAAUCAAGAACAUGACCCGAAAGCUGCACGCCAGUAUAGCACACGAAAGCGGAAGAGCAGCAGUCCUAUCGUAGAGGAUUCAGCUGUCAAGGAAGUGAAUAUGGAAAUGUCUCAAGAAUCGAAGAAGCGACAUAGUCGCAAUACAAUCUGCAGUGUAAAGGAAGAAGGCGAACCCGUCACUAGCGAUCUAUCGAAAAUAGGCACACAGCGAAUUCACCUUAGCCGAAAGCGUAAAAGCGUCAGUCCUUUUCCAGAAACGGUUAAAGAACCGAAGCAGAGCAAAGUGGAAACUGUGGUCAUACAACGUGAAUCAGAUAGUUGGAAGACUGUACCGCCCACUAGAAAACGCAAGUCCAAGUCGAAAUCGUGUGAUGGCAAGGGUGACGCAAAAGAAUCUGAUUGCAGUGAAACAAGCGAUACGCAAAAUCUGGCCGUCGACAACGAAAUUAAAUUGUCGUCAAAAACUGAUAAACAAAAUGACCCUAUUGUUACUAAUGAAAAACAAAAUCCUACCAGUAGCCGACCUCCUACUGUUACUAACAUACCGCCUGCGGCAUCGAAAAGUAGUUCUAUUCCGCUGGUACCGUUGACGGCAAGCGAAAUUAAAACUGAACCUACAGAAGAAGAGCCACCACCUGAUUCGACUCCAUCUAACGUUGCAACGCCUGUUUUACCACCACCACCACCAGCUCCGGCUCCAUGCAGUGAGCCAAACGCCGCCAUAAAUAAUGUGACUGAAAACGCAGCGCCGCCAACUGUUGCUCAAGAAUUGCUUCCGAUCAAAGCUGAACCUUUAUCUGACGAAGAAGCAGAGCUGACGAUUGCAACAGGUCAUAGAGCAACAGCCAAUAUGUCAGAAAUUCACAACAAGAAUAUAACGAACCUUAACCACGUAGUGAUUCGUACUAAUAAUCGAAUCAUGGUUAAGGAUAUCAAUAAACUCACUAAUCAAGUUGGAAAUCAGACGAGUACUGCUACUAGCAGUAGCGGACAGACGCCAGUAAUUGUGACACCUGCAGAGAAACCAAAAACUCUCUCCAAAACAGUAACAAAAAAUACGACCCCAAAUACUAUACCGACACAGCAGCAACAGCAAAAGCCACGCAAAACAACAGCACAAUCUGUGAGUCAACCUGCUUUUGCCUCCGUGGUUCGUAACUCAAAUCAACCAAGUGUAAUGCCCGUGUCGGUAGCGAAUAGUUUUCCUGCAGGCAAAAACGGUAGCAAUAUGAUGCAUAUGGUACACAUUCCAAGCCCGCUGCUGACUCCUACCGAACAAGCGCCGACAGUAAACCCUGUUGCACUGAAUCGAGCAAACAUUGGCAAUGAUACGACAGUACCGGUAGCGAACGUAACGGCCAGAAGCUCAGUGCAACCGCAAGCCGCUGGACCAAGUAGCACGGCAUCACUUCAGCAAAACGUUUCACCGAUUGCAGGACCUUCUGUGAAUUCACCUCCGGAGGCUAACGCUGCUGAGGGCCAACAUAUGAUGUCCGGCUUCAUUACGCCAAGCUUGGCUGCUGCGGUUACGGAAACUAUUGUGUCUACCCCGCCAAAAAUGCAAUCACGGCCAAGUGGCGCUCUACGGUCGGAAGGCGAUUGCAUCUAUCCAUCUGGAGCUGGUCCCGUUUCGCAGAUCUUGAUUAAUAAUUCGUACAAGAUGGCCGACUUUUUCCGAUCCGUUAUCGAAGACACGCUGGCAGAUCUGUCGAAUAACAGCGGUGCCCUAGAGGCAAAGGUUAAAGUUUUGGAAUUGGAAAUAGAGAAGCUCAAACACUGCCACCAGCAGGAAAUUACUAAACUGAAGCACAACUCCGAUUUGGUGUUGUGUGAAAUGCGUAAAAACAUGGACCUAGAGAAAGCACGUCUCAUCAACGAAGUUCGCAAGCAAUGUGAAAUCGAGCGCAUCCGAUCGGUAGAAGAAGCUAAGAAGAAACAGUGGUGCAUAAACUGCGGAAAAGAGGCGUUAUUUUACUGUUGCUGGAAUACUUCAUACUGUGAUUAUCCUUGUCAGCAGCAACACUGGGCAACUCACAUGAACAAUUGUACUCAAAGUCAGUUUAAUCUACCGAGCACCGCUAUUGCCAACAAGCCAACCGGUGUGGUCAACUGCAGUAAGGCGACAGUGCAGCACAUGACUACGCCAAAGAUCAGCACCGUACAAACUUUAAAUUUGAACGGACGAUCUGGACUGACAAUACAGCCUGCUCAGCAGCAACUUAUUAUCACAUCGACGAGAGGUGGAAACCAACUUGGCAAAGGACAAUCUUUCCAGCGAUUGCGAUGAGUUUUCAGUUCGCCAAAAUCAACGAUCCGAGCGUAAUGCGUCCGAAUAAGUUCGUUCUGUAAAUUGGAUAGAGUUUUAUAUUAUCUGCUGCUGGUACUGAAUCAGCGGAUUCUUUCAAUUGUUACUUUUAAGUUUCCAACAAUACAGCAAAAACAACGGAUUUCGAAUCAGUGAACUAUUCAUUUUUAUUUUGUUAGAGAAAACAAAUCCAACCAAUGAUUUAUGUCACAUUAUGAUUUUCUUCAUUUAUUUCCUCUGCAUAUCAUAAUUUGCUCGCUAAAUUAGUUCUUGUUCAUUUCACCUAUCACUAGCGACGCGCUUGAACAAAGUAUUAAAACUAUGGGUUUGUGUCUUAGCUAUAAAUUAUUGACAGAUUUAUCACUGUUGAUCCCGAAAGCAAAAUUUAAUUUCCCCUUUUGAAAAAACGUUAAUUUCUGCUUUGGGUCGAAAAACGAAUGAAGAGUCGUCGAUCUGAUCUAGAUUACCUGCCAAA